GACAUUGCCUGUUUUCUGUCACAUCCUGUUUUUUUGUAACCUAAAAAGUUUAUGCAUGUGUUGUGAGAUUAUUUGUAUUUUCUAAAGAAACAUGGGGAAGAAAAGUGCGAAGAACUCAACGCUAGGGCGGGCCUUGAUCAAGGACCGAUUUAGGGGCCACCAUAAUCGAGGAACGGCCGCUGGAGACUGCAUGCUCCACACAACGGAACUUGACUCCAAAACAAAAACCAACUAUCAGUCCGUAACUGAAGAGUCGCAACUAGAUGAACUAUUGUACAAAGCUACAAUGGCUGGCCAGUUCUAUGAAACCGAACAGCAGGAUGUUCGGGUCUUAAAGGGGCCUGCAGGUGUCGGACUGUUGUCAGACGCCGAGUACCAGAAAGCCCAAGAAACGCAUGAAAAAUUCCGCGAUUCUUUAAAAAUUCCUCGGCGACCGACCUGGACAUCAGCUAUGUCCCCUUCGAUACUAGACCAACUUGAGAAUGAGAGUUUUUGGGAAUGGCGAAAAUCUUUGUCCAAGGCGCAAGAAGCUAAUGGGUUUCUUUUAACGCCAUACGAAAAAAAUCUGGAAUUUUGGAGGCAGCUGUGGCGUGUGGUGGAAAGGAGCGAUGUGGUGGUGCAAAUAGUAGACGCGAGAAAUCCGCUAUUGUUCCGAUGCGAAGAUCUAGAAAAAUAUGUGAAGGAAGUGUCUGAGUAUAAACUUAACAUGCUGUUGGUGAACAAGGCCGAUUUCCUCACUCCAGCUCAACGGCAAUUGUGGGCCGACUACUUUUAUUCUGUUGGUGUUAAAGUGGCGUUUUAUUCUGCUCUGGAACCGGCAGAAAAUUCGACCACUGAACAAGUCGCCGAAGGGCCGCAGGGGUCGAAUAUUAAUGAUAAGAAAGAACUGGAAACGGACAUAAAAGCACUAGAACAAGCAGUGGAAGACGAGGGUGCCGCUCUAACUAAAAUUAUUGCGGCCGUUGACGCUUUAGUGGCCAAAUCAAACUGCAAGGAGGAACUGGAAGAUUUCGUAAAUAAUGAUACCAGGGUGCUUUCAAGAGAAGAACUCAUCGACCUGUUCCAUACAAUGCACAAAGGCCCGAAAGUGACCGCGGAUAUUACAACAAUUGGACUCGUCGGGUAUCCAAAUGUUGGCAAAAGUUCCACAAUCAACUCCUUACUGAUGGCAAAGAAAGUUUCAGUUUCUGCCACGCCGGGCAAAACGAAACAUUUCCAAACCUUCUAUUUGGACAACGACAUCAUUCUGUGCGAUUGUCCAGGCUUGGUUAUGCCCAGUUUUGUUUUCACUAGAGCCGACAUGGUAUUAAACGGAAUUUUACCAAUUGAUCAGAUGAGAGACCACAUUCCUCCCAUCAGUUUAGUUACACAGCGCAUACCUAGGCAUGUGCUUGAGGACAUGUAUGGAAUCAUGCUGCCGAUUCCUCGGGAAGAUGAGGAAGACCCCCAACGAUGCUCCACAGCGGAAGAAUUUCUCAAUGCCUAUGCGUACAACAGAGGUUUUAUGACGGCGCAUGGACAACCAGACGGGUCGCGAGCUGCCAGGAAAGUCCUGAAGGACUACACAAGUGGAAAGCUCGUGUAUUGCCACGCCCCGCCCGGUGUCGAUCAAAGCACGUUUACUCUCUAUCCUGAAAGGCAGAAGAUGAAACUGCUAACUAGAUUGGUGCCUCCUCGGGAAGCAAGAGCAUUACAGUUGGGCAACGUAGCAGAUCCUGCCUUGUCUUUGGUUCAAACGGAAAGCCAUGAAAACUUGGAGUGCUUACCAAUCCAGCGGAAUCAUGCGAAAGGGGUGGCUAGCCUAUCAAUUGACGGCCAAUCUCUAGGCUACUCGAGUGCAAAGCCCUGGAAAGAGUUUAACAAGCAUAAAAAUAAAGGAAAAAAAGAAAAAGCUCGCAGGAAGUACGCCUAUUUGGAUCAACAUUGAUUAGAACAUUUUUUAAAUUAAUUUUGAGUCAAACUGGAUUUUCAAGUUGGGUUGAAAUCGAGCCAGACAUCAAAAUUGUGAUUUUGUUAUUAAACUAGUACAGCAAUAAUUUUGACGAAUGAUUGUUGCUUUUAUAUUUUAAUGCUCAAUAUUUGGUUUCGGAAUAUUUCCUGUUAUAAAGCAGACCUUUGUUACAGUAAUUUUUUUGGAGGAAUUAAUAUAAUGGCUUUAUAAAAUU